AUGUGCUGUCAUGCAGCCAUGCAGAUUGACCUAUGCGGUGGCAUAUUUGGUCUUCCCGAGUUUGCUUCUGCCCCACCUGUGCUCACCUUUGCGUCAGUAAUCCAGGGUGAGUUUACUUCUGGGAAGCGCCAGACUGAUGUGGUGCCCAUCGUCAACGAGGCCCUGACCCGACGUAUGCUUGCCUUCACGAUGUCCACGCGUUCCGUCAGGAAGGAGAAUCAAGCCAAGAUGUACAAGAUUGUCCGCUUUGUCGGCCACGGCAUCCUCAAUCGAGCGGUGGAGGGUGCGAAACGUAGCAAACACAAUGCUGCAUUGGGCAUCGGAUUUCUGACGCCACCCGACAUCGUCAUUGAGUUGUGCGGCAAACGCUCUACAAUCAAGCGCUUCUUUCAAGAGUUCACUGAGCAGGAGCAGCGAUUCAAUACAAAGUUUGACCGGCAAAUAGUUUUUGGCUUGGCGCACAACGAUUUGCACGGCGGGAACCUACUGCUCGACUCACAAGGGCUAGUCUGGCUGAUAGAUUUCGCGACAGUGAAGGAUAACGUCCACGUGCUCAUGGACCUCUCAAAGUUCCUUGCGUCUUGUCUCUUCUUGUAUCUGGAGGAUCAUGUGAACGAGUCGCACAUCCAAACGUUUGCGAAGCUGCUGUUCGCCACACCCGAUGCCACAACAGCGCUGCCUUUAAUCGGAGGGGAGCAGCUCAAGAGCGAUCCGACGGCCACAUUUGUGCUUGAGCUGCUGACACGCAUCAGGCACUGUAUCUGCAUCUACGAGAUUGGUGACGACGUCCCAGACAACGACGGCGUUCCAUUCGCUUUGGCUUUCUUCUCGUGGUCGGCGCGAAUGCUCUCAUACAGUGAGCCGAGCAUACACCAGAAGACCCGUGCUUCUUUCUUUGCCCUUGCAGGCGCUCAGCGAGUGAUGUGGGAAGCUGGCGUUGACGUCGGACCCACAGCGCUGGAAUGGAUUGAGCAGUGCCGCACAGUCUGGGAGGGCCAGAAAGGCGCCGACUGA